GUUCGAAUAAAUAAAGCUUCCACCUUCCAUCGCUCAAGACGCAGACCACUGCUCAAGAUGGAUGACAUUUUCGGGAAGAAAAAGGAAGUCGUCCCCAUACUGGACCUUUCCAAAUCGUCCGCCACGACGCGGGAAGAGUUUAAGCGCAUGAUCGAGAAGGUGCCGGACUACAAGAUGCGCCCGAUCAAGGUGCGGUCGGACGAGAUCCGGUUCAAGGAGAAGGAGUACGGGUUUAAGAUGCAGAAGAAGGAGCUCCGGAUGCUGAUGAAGAACGGGGGCGAGCGGGACAAGCUGUACGCGUACAUGGAUCCGAUACCGGCCGAGAUGCGCAACCUGGUCAUACUGGAGCUGUGCAGCGUGCCGAUCGACUGGAAGAUGCUGACCAGCCAGCGGCCCAAGACAAAGGUGGAGGAGGAUUACUUUAGCAAGCUGGUUGAGCUGGGCAAGCUGCAGAUCAAAACGAUCCAGCGCGACAAGCGGGAAAACCUGCUCGCCACCUCGGUGCGCAAGGUGAAGAACCGUUCCGGCAUCAUCGAGUCGCGCGUCUUCACCUGCAACGAGUGUAUGGAGGAGUUUUGCAACGGGAAAACGUGCGCCGACUUUAACUACGAUCUGUACACGCGCAUCGUGCCGAAAGUGCCGCUGCUCAAGACCAACUCGCAGCAGCAGCUCUCGCUGAACGGCGGUGGCGGUGGUCUGGGAGGCGGUGCCGGAAGGAUGCUGGGCGAUCUGCACCAAAAAAGCAUCGACAGUGGCAGUGGGGCGGGUGGCGGUGGUGGUGGUGGUGGCAAAAAGGGUCGCAAGGGGGCCCGUAAAAAGGGCCACAAAUCGAAGGCGAAAUCGGUGGAGGCGGCCGAUGACGAGGGCAAUCAGGGUGGCACCAGCGGUGCCAAUGCGGCUGCCGGGGGCCAUGGCCAUGGGGGUAAGAAGAAGGGCAAGCGGGCGUCACGUAGCAAAACACCGCCGAAGGCAAAAUCGAUGGAAAAGUAAUCAAAGGGCAUCCGUUGGCGUCUUUACUCUGUUCGGUACCACAGCCACCAGAGCUAGAGUGAUAGCCAGACAAUGUUCUCUGCGUUUUAUUUGUGGAUGCUUUUUUACGAAUUGUAAAGCUUUUGGGUGAAGGAAGGAUGGCGCUUACACAUAAUGUUGCGUAUUUUAGGUAUUCGUUUUUUUGCAAACAAUUUGAUCAUAAAGGCAGAAGGGUGAAAAGCUAUCUGAGCUAGGCUUCGAACAAUCAGUUGAUAGGAAAAUAGCAGGUAAAUUAUACACAUAGAUAUUCUACGCACCUAAAAGAAUCUAAGUGGCUUCUUUCUAGUGUGAUUUUGCUCUAGUAAACUAAAAAUGGUAGGUAAAAUAAAUAAAUUUAUAUAAUAUUCUUCUAAUAAAGUAUUGUGUGGUACUAUUCAAACUAACUUGUGCUUAAUUCCCCUUUACUGUUAAAUAAGUAAUUGUAUAGAUUUCCGGUUAAAUGAGUACUUAUAUAGAUGGUUAAUUUUGACAGCCCUAUCGAGAUGCAGGUUUUCCUAUGUUUUCUACAUUAUUUUACACUUUUUGACACAUUUGAUGCACAAAAACGGAAAGAAGAAGAGUUAAGCUUUAAAAUGAUGGAUCGUUUUAUUCACUGAGUAAUUAGCGUUUGAAAAUGCUCUCCAAAAUUGAUUGUUUACGUUUCGUUUGGCUUGGA